ACUCGCGAAUGCGGACGCAUAUGCGCACGUCACGUCAUUAAUAGGUCGUGAAGUUUAUUAUUACAGUGAAAACUAUAAAAUGGCCAAUUCGAACACAGAGACGGAAUGGAUCCGCACACCUCCACCGUCUGGACCCCUGUGGCAGAGAAUCGCCAAAGUGGUGUACAACCCGACCGAUGGGAGUUUUUUCGGCAGAACAUCUAAAAGAUGGGGUAUCGUGAUAACGUUUUACCUGGUGUUCUACGCUGUGCUGGCUGCAAUGUUCGCUCUGUGCAUGGGCGGGCUGUUCCUCAGUCUGGACUUCAGCAGGCCCUCAUACACUCUGCACAGUUCACUCAUAGGGGCUAAUCCGGGAUUAACGUACCGACCUCGUGGUCAGGAAGGCACCGUGGUGGAGUACAGUGUUGAGGCAAACUCCUCUGACGUGUAUACAAGUCAGCUCGAUGAGAUCUUAGAGGCGUACGCGCAUGAGGUAUGGAGGGGAGGCAUCACAGAAUGUACCAGUGAAGAUAACUUCGGAUUUCCAUUCUCGCCGUGCAUUUUUAUCAAACUGAACAAGAUAUUCGAUUGGGUGCCAGAAUACUAUGAUGAUGUCAACAACCUCCCUGCUGACAUGCCCGAUGCGCUCCAGGACUACAUCAAAACUACCGACAAGCUCAAGCAAGUAUGGGUGUCUUGCGCUGAAGAAGGGAGCAAUACAAAUUCUUCUAGAAUUCAGUACCCGUGGGGCAUGGCGCUAUUGGGCAGGUACCCAUUUCAGAACGUGGGGGACCAUCCGAGUCCGAUACUGGCUGUCACAUUCACGCCACCAGUGAACACUCCAUUUACAGUUCGAUGUAGGGCGUGGGCCAAAAAUAUAGUGUACAACAAAAGUAUAAAAGAAGCCUCCGGGUACACUCGCAUCCAAUUACACAUACACGAUACAAAUCCCGCCACGGAGAAUCCAGAAGAAAAUACCACCUAAUGUACCUGUAAUUCCUAAUUAGUAAAUUUUAGUACUAACUGAAAUCUG